GGUGUGUCAGUGUGUCUUAGGUUUGCAGGUAGACUGGGUAAGGGAGCUCAUUUGCACGGUGACUUUUGAGCAAAUUGCGCCGUCAUACAGACACACAUUCUGAAAGUGACAGGGUAUCCAUCGGCACCCACUGAAGAACCCAGUUUCUUAGGGGGGACAGACAACAUACAGCUGUCAAGAUGUGUGACAUGGGGGGACUGGAUAACCUGGUGGCCAACACGGCCUACCUAAAAGCUCAGGGUGGCGAUGACAAGGAGAUGAAAAAGCGGCGUCGCAGCUUGUCUCUCCCCAAGCCUGAGGCGUGCACGUCAAUACGAGCUACCAUUGAAAAGGACUUUACAUCGCUUUGCGAAAGGCAGCCUAUUGGCAAAAAGUUUUUCCGCGAGUUCCUUGCAAGUAACAAUGAAUUUAAGCUUGCCGCAGAGUUCUUGGAUGAGUUGUAUGACUGGGAUCUGGCUGAAGGAGCAACAAAAGACAAGGCACGCCAAAACAUCAUGACCAAGUAUUGCAAGGCUGACUCCAAGAGCUUUCUGACAUUUCUUACUGGAGAGGCUGCUGACAAAUGCAAAUCUGUCACCGAUGCCAAUUUCGAGGAGGUGAUGAAAGGCAAGGUCCAGGAAGGUGUAAGAGAAUUUCUGAAAGGAAAACCCUUCACAGAUUAUCAGACCAGCCCGUUCUUUGACAAAUUCCUCCAGUGGAAGGAGUACGAGAAACAGCCCGUCAGUGACAAAUACUUCUAUGAGUUCAGAACUCUAGGAAAAGGAGGCUUUGGAGAGGUAUGUGCUGUUCAGGUCAAGAACACGGGCCAGAUGUAUGCCUGCAAGAAGUUGUGUAAAAAGCGUCUGAAGAAGAAGGGAGGUGAGAAGAUGGCCCUGUUGGAGAAGAAAAUCUUAGAGAAGGUUAACAGCCUGUUCCUGGUCAACUUGUCGUAUGCUUAUGACAGCAAGACCCACCUGUGCCUUGUCAUGACCCUGAUGAAUGGAGGAGACCUCAAGUACCACAUUUACAACAUAGGCUAUGAUGGCAAGGGUGCGGACAAGGGCAUUGAGAUGAAACGCAUCAUCCACUACACAGCGCAGAUCACCACUGGCAUUCUGCACCUGCACGCCAUGAAUAUAAUAUAUCGUGACAUGAAACCAGAGAACGUGUUGCUUGAUAGCCAAGGCCAGUGCCGACUUUCAGAUUUGGGUCUGGCCAUAGAAAUCAUUCCAGAGAAGACUGUCACCCAGAUGGCUGGUACUGGAGCCUACAUGGCCCCUGAGAUCCUGACCAAAACUCCAUACAGGACAUCAGUGGACUGGUGGGCCCUGGGCUGCAGUAUCUAUGAGAUGGUGGCUGGCUACACACCUUUUAAAGGCCCUGAGAGCAAAAAGGAGAAGGUUGAGAAGGAAGAGGUGCAGAGGCGCAUCCAAAAUGAGGAGCCAAAGUGGGAGCACAAGUGCUUUGAUGCACCAACCAAGGACAUAAUCCAGCUGUUCCUCAAGAAAAAAAUUGACGAGCGUCUGGGCAUGAGGAACAACAUGGAGGAUCCCAGGAAGCACGAGUGGUUCAAGACCAUCAACUUUCCCCGCCUGGAGGCAGGGCUGGUUGACCCUCCAUGGGUCCCCAAGCCCAACGUUGUCUAUGCCAAGGACACUGGUGACAUCGCUGAGUUUUCUGAGAUCAAGGGCAUCGAGUUCGACGCCAAUGACGAGAAAUUCUUUAGGGAGUUUAGCACAGGCGCUGUACCCAUCCCAUGGCAGCAGGAGAUGAUCGACACUGGACUAUUUGAUGAGCUCAAUGAUCCCAACAGGAAAGAAGGUGGAGGAGGUCUCGAUGAUGACAAGAAGUCUGGCACGUGUACGUUGCUGUGAGCAGCCACAUUCGAUAUGAAACAACAGUAUUAACAUUCAGUAUUUUGUUUUCUAAACUCAUGUAAAAAAGAAAAAAAGUUUUAUGAGAGGCGAACACGAGUGUCUCUGUCGAGAAAGACGCACCGUCCCUCUCUUGUAAGGAUGUCCAUGGCAUAGGGAAGCAGUAAAGUAUGAAGGAUUUGACAAUGUGUUUCGAGCACUGUCGCUCAGGUUCACAGCUUCUUUUUCUUUUCUAAUGUUGUAGCUUUGCAACGACUUUGACCAUAAAUGACUGCUAGGAGAAAGCGUUACUAAAGUUUUCAUUAAUGACACACAUUAGAGGAGUAAGAGGAGCAAGUUAAAGCAAUAUGUUUGUGCCAGAACUACCUUAUUACUUUAUAAAGUUCCUGUCUAAGAGGUUCAGUGUGUGUGGUUUUAUCAGCUGAAGCAGUGUUGUGUUACAAGCAAACAGGAACAACCACACAUGUAGACAUUCAAUAGAAUUGGAGGAGGUUCAUUUGUAGCGAACUGUAGAAUUUCAGAGCACUUUCCUUGCUGUCAUCAGAUCACGCUGUUUCUACGACGAAAGUGCUUUUUAUCUAACACCAUGUGGCGGACAUAAUUGUGUUUUUUUAGUCACCUGUUGUGAUCCUAAAUCUGACAAUUAGGAUUGCAUUUACACUGAAUGUUUUAGUUUUAUAAGACCAACUGUUACAAUUGUAUGUAUUGUAUAUAAAGAAAUAUAUAUAUAUAUAUAUAUAUAUAUCUAUGCACAGAGAGAAAGGAAAAUAUUGUAUGUAAGUAAUUUAUAAUAUAGAAUUAAAUGAAAGAGAGUGAAGAAUACCAAAAACCUCUUCAGUGAGUCCCUCUGCUGUUGGUGCUGUGAGCCUCUGCUUGUAGUGAGAAAUGGAGACUCUCUCUCUGGGAUUUUGGGGGAGAGAUGAGUGCUGAAAAAGCAGCUCAUUGCUGCACAUGAAAGAUUACAAUUUAGACAGAUUGAGCAAUAAAUUCCUGAACCAGGAAUGCACAGGUUGCUUUAUACUGGCCCUGAAACGCUAACUCAGGGCUCCUUUCUUAGAUUGAGAUGAUGCUGUUUUGGUUGUUGGGCUGAGUCUAGAGACUCUAGAGACAGACAGUUUAGUGCAAAGAAAAUUUGUGUCCUUCUUGUUUACUCGUCUCAGAGUUUUUAAAUUUCCAGAUCUUGCGCAGAGGUCAGUUUUUACAGGUAAUUUUAAUAAGUACACGAUGCAUGUAAAUAUAAAAUGAGAGGAAUUGCUACACUAGAUGAUGUACAGCACAGCAGACAUUUCCUUGAAUUGUGACUCAUUUGAAUAAAUUAAAAUG